AUGAGUAAUGUUGGAAGACGUUUAGGCCUCAAUCCAUCUACUGUUGCUACCAUUUGGAAAAACAAAGAAGCAAUUCUACAGGCGGAACUGCAGGGAGUGUCUACUAAAAAAUUAAGGAAGCCAAAAUUCAAAGACUUAGAUCAAGCAAUGUUGCCGCGGUUUAACAAUCAGUGCCAGAAUAAUGUACCCAUCUCGGGGCCAAUUGUUAAAGCCAAGGCUGAGAAGUUUGCCGAACAACUAGGCAUUAUUGACCUUAAAGCAUCAGAAGGUUGGCUUGGAAAAUUUAAACACCGUCAUAAUAUUACCUAUGGUAAAAUGAACGGAUAG